CCCGGUGCAGCUCCCGGCGCGCCCCGCGGGGUCGCCGUGGCAGCGGGAGGGGCCGGGAGGUUCCGGUGCCCGGAGCCGCGGGUCCCGCCGGGCCCCCCGAGCGCCGCGGGGCGGGGGUCGCGCCGCGCCCGCCGGCAGGAGAGGAGGAGAGCCGAGCCGAGCCGAGCCGCCCCGCUCCACCCCGUGCCCGCGGCCCCGGCCAUGGCGGAGGCGGCGCUGGGCGCGGCGGGCCUGCACUUCGACGAGCUGAACAAGCUGCGGGUGCUGGACCCCGAGACAGCGCAGCAGACGGCCCAGCUCCGCGAGGAGUGCAGGGUCUUCCUCGACAAAAUAGUAGAAUUUCAAAAAAUAGUGGGCAGCUUAAUUGAACUUGUUGAUCAACUGGCAAAAGCUGCAGAAACUGAGAAGAUGAAGGCCAUCGGGGCACGGAACCUGCUCAAGUCCAUGGCCAAGCAGAGGGAAGCUCAGGAGCAGCAACUCCAGGCUCUGAUAGCUGAGAAGAAGAUGCAGCUGGAAAGGUACCGGGUCGAGUACGAGACGCUGUGUAAAACUGAAGCAGACCAGAAUGAGUUCAUUGACCAAUUCAUUUUCCAAAAAUAGAGGAGUUUUCCGAUGAAACCAGCCUCACUUGGAAACUUGAUCAUUCCAGAAUCUUGAAGACUUAAAAAAUAUGCAAUUUUUCACUGUGUAUGAGUGAUGGUUUGUACAAAUGGAAGUGUCUUAAUUUGGUGUGAAUCACACUACAAGUGGCAAUAAGGAGGAGGCAAAGACUGUUCUGUCCUUUGAUUUUCUACAAGUUUUGUACAGUUCUAAUUCAGAUUAUAGUGGAAUUAAUGCUCUUGCUAUGUUUUGUCCCUCACUUUUUGAAGUGUACAGCUCUUUCAAAGAAAUUGGACAAUAAAUUAUUGUUUGCAGAC